CCCGAGGGAGAAGCUCAGCAAAACGGCAAAGGACCGCCGAACGAGGCUUUGGAGGACGCUGCCAAACUACUGCCAAACUCACCCCCGAGUACCCGACUGCACUUACAACUACUACAUAUAAAGACGGGAAUCCCCUCGUCCUCCCGCUUUCCUUCUGGCUCUCUCCCACGCACAGACGUCUUCCAACCCCUCGCAGAGCGCCGCAGCAGCUGUUGGUCCUCCCUCCCAAAUGGUCGCUCCAGACGUCAGGCAACGGCCCUCCGCCGCUGUCAACACCAUCGUCGACCACGACGCUACCAACAACGACGACCUUCCUCCGUUCAAAAGGAGGUUGAACACAGCUGCCACUACAACCCGGACCGUCAACAUCUCGGCAAAAUGGGUGCCCCGCCUGCAUACCUUCUUUGGAUACAGCGCAUUCCUCGCCGCUCUGGCGGUCUGCCAUCAGACCCACUGGAAACAGGUCUUGAAGAACGAGGUUGCUGGUUGGCCUCAGGAAUGGUUCCCGUCAGUUUCCGCUGUGACUGGAGACUGGUACCCGGCUCGUAAUGUGUUCCAGAUCCUGAUCGCCUUGGCUGCUGGCCCUCGCUUCCUUCUCCUCCUGCUCAACUACCUCACAACAUCCAUCAGCGCAACAACAACAACCACCUCCGUCCUCUCAUCCGUAACACUAGUCUUUGGCCUAAUCCGCACGCUCAGCUGUGGCGGAUGGGUCUACAUCACAUCCUCCGACCAGCACGAUGUGCACGACGUGGCCAUGAUCACUUACUUGGUCGCUGGGCUCUUGUACAUGGGUGGAAUGACCGUUUUGUCGAGGAGGACCGAGCAGACGACGGGGAAUAAGACUGGGUGGAGGUCGAGAGCCGCUUGCAUCGCGGGGUUUUUGGCUAUGGUGCCGGGGCUCGUGUACUUUUUUAUCAGGCACAAGUUGGAUAAGAUUCCCGGAGCCUACUCCUACUACGCCCUCUUCGAAUGGUCCGUCAUCCUCUUCGACGUCGGCUUCGACCACGCCACCUCCAUCGACGUCAACGACAUGUCCAUCCAGCUCUCCAUCCCCGCCCCGUCACGAGCAGCCUUGAAACUCAAACGCGAAGCUGAUCUGGACACACCCGCCGCCGUCCGCAGACCCAUCUUGAUUGGCGCGCAUCAGUACUCUAGCUUACCGAGUUAUGUUGCUGAUACCUAUCUGGGUUUCUGUUUUUGGAGUCUCGCUACUUCGCUUGGACUUACCAUCUGGUACUUCCCACUAUGGAACAUGGGUCUCAGCGGUUUCGAAGCCUUCCUCUUCACCUCCAUGUCACCCAUGCUCCUCGGUCUUCCGUUCCUCCGCCGCUGGGUCCACCGUUUCCCCGGCAUCUUCCACCUCCUCUCCCUCGUCGGUCUUCUCGCCUACCGCUUCCCAGACCCAACAACCCGUCUCUGCAUGGUCGGCACGGGUGUCGGCUUCUCCUUCCUCGCGUGGAGCUCCGCACUGUUUGACGCCGACGCGAUUUCCGCCAAGACUACACAGCCGCGGUCGUGGAAGAAACCUUUGGCGUUGAUGCUUGGGCUGUUGCUGCAUAAUGUGGUCAAGAUUCACUCGUACUCGAACAAUCCCCUGUGGCCGACGAUGCGGAAGGAGAAUGGAGGUUGGAAUGAGCUGGGGCUGGGCUUAGCGGUUCUGGCGUGUCUGCAGGUCCUGGCACGUCCGUACUCUGGUAAACAGAAGCCCGCCGCGACGAACGACGUCUCGGCCCCACCCCAACCUAAACCGGAACGCAAACAAGGCCACUGGACAGGCGCCGCCGCCGGGUUCGCCGGCCUCAUAUUCGCCCUCCACAGCAUGCUCUCCGACUCCGGCAUAAUCCCCCUCUGGGCAACCGAAGGCUACCCCAACCCCGGCCCACCCCCCCUCAUUGGCGGCGUCAUCGUCCUCGCCUUUAUGGGUCUCGGCCUCCUCGCCUCCUCCUCCCACCGUCUCGCCACCAGCAGCCUCUGGUGGCUCGCAGGCACCGCCGGCGUCAACGCACUCUACUUCCUCCCCUCCGUCUCCGUCCCCGGCCGCGCGCUCGGGUUCGCGGGAGGCCUGAUAUUCACCAUGUACAUCUCCUCCAUCGCCCCGACAUUGAUGAUGCAGCUCCCGUUCUUCCCCGCGGGACGGACCAUGUUCCUCGCCAUGUUCCUGUACGCGAUCAUGCAGCUCGCCCACGUCUGGACCGUUGCGUACGCGUUCGUACCCCUGGGUGAAUACGCCCGCGAGCGCACCCACUACGUCGUUGCAGCCAUGCAGUUCCUCCUCUUCCUCGGCACCCGCGCUGCCAAACCGGUCUUAACCGCCGCGGAAAAGCGGGAAGCGCCCGUCCUCGCGCACAAGCUCCGCAAACAUGAGUUCGCGAACCUCGCUACCAUGCUUGCUGUCCUGUAUUUGGGGCUGGCGGCGGCUGUGGGGGGGCGGUUGAGCGCGAAAAAGGAGAUUGCGCCCAUGCAUCCUGAGGAGAGGCUGGUGACGAUGGGGAUCUGGACAGUGCAUUUUGGACUGGAUAAUGAGAUGUAUAGCUCGCACAAGCGGAUGGCGGAGGUUAUUGGGGAGUUGGAGUUGGAUGUCAUUGGCCUUCUCGAAUCCGACACCUACCGCAUCAUCAUGGGCAACCGCGACCUCACCCAAUACCUCUCCUCCACCCUCGGCAUGUACGCCGACUACGGCCCCUCCCCCACAAAACACACCUGGGGCUGCUCCCUUCUCUCCCGCUUCCCCAUCACGUCCUCCACUCACCACCUCCUCCCUUCCCCGGCCGGUGAGCUCGCGUGCGCGAUCCACGCCACGCUCGACGUCCACGGCACGCCGGUUGAUGUCGUGGUCAGUCACAAUGGACAGGAGGAGGACUGGGUGGACCGGAAGUUGCAGACCAAUUAUCUGGCGGGGCUUUUGGCGGGCAGCAAGAACCCGAGUGUGUUUUUGGGGUAUGUGGUGACGAAGCCGGGAUUGCGGGAGGAGCUCUAUAGGACGCUUGUGGAGAAGGGGAGGGUGGAGGAUGUGGAUGAGAGUGAUUGGGAUCGCUGGUGCCAAUACAUCUUCUUCCGCGGCCUGCACCGCACCGGCUACGCGCGCAUCUCCCACGGCGGAAUCACCGACACAGAGAUCCAGACCGCCAAAUUCGUCGUGCCCACAACCCCCCUGUCCCUGCCCCCCACAUCGAAAAUCGCCCACGCGUUGACCCGAACACCCGAGAGGGAUGUACCGAAGGGACGAAUGUACCCGGAGCAGUUCAAGGGGAAGGGGGUGAGGGGACACUUUUAUCAUGUGUUUGGGGAGCCGAGGUAUUGGACGGAGGGGACGAGUGAGUAGGGCGUAGACAGACGGCGUAUGAGUGAUUUGAAUUUUUUUUGUUUUGUUAUGGUGUGAUGGAGGGAACCUUUUUCUGGUGGAAUGGGGUGUUUGGGCUGGAUGAUGCACUACAGCGAUGUACUGUAUAUAUGAUGAAACAUCCCAACUUAGAUUUGGGCUAGACUUCUACUCUAAGUCUAUACAUGUGAGCUCUAUUCAUAUUCGUUCACACCUUCCUAGCCAAAAGCACCAUAUUCCGCGGCGAACUCGCAUGCUCAAAUAACGGGACGAGGAUCGCCUGCACCACACCCUCUCCAUGUCCACGCUCACCCGCCCCCUCCUCA